ACGUACUGGGGGCCUCAGUUGCGGUCAGUUUGCGGACGUGGACAGUAUUAAGAAAAUUCUAUUUAGACUUAUAUUUCUUGAGUAGAAAUAUGAAAAGUUUUAGUGCAUUUUUAAUAAUCUUGAUCGUUAUAAAUAUAUCUUUGCUGUUUGUUAAUUGUGACAGUCCAACAACCAAACGAAAUUCAACCUGGACCGACACAUUAAAAAGGGAUUUACUCGUCGAUUAUGAUAAGUUUGUUAGGCCCGUGGAUCAUGGAUCCACGACAAAAGUUCAUAUCUUUCUCACAGUCAAGCAUGUCGACGUGGAUGAGCAGAAAGGUAUCAUGUCCGUUUUCGGAUGGAUCAAAAUGCAAUGGCAGGAUGAUAAGCUUAUCUGGAACGCUACGGAAUAUGGGAAUUUGAACAGUAUCCAUCUUGCGGACCACGAGAUUUGGCAGCCCGAUAUAACAUUGUACAAUAGCGCCUUAGGAAAUACCAUUGAUCACUACGCCAACACAUUGACCAUUGUCAGCAAUUCAGGGACAGUAAUGUGGGUUCCCCCAUUCCAAUUUCAAGUUUUCUGCGAAUUCGACUUGCGUCUUUGGCCGUUUGACACACAGACUUGCGAAAUAUGGCUUGGAUCGUGGGUCUACAAUGGCUUGGAAAUUGACCUGGAAAUAUCGGACUAUGGCACAGAGAUUGAUAUGUUUAUUCCAAACCAUGAGUGGAAGAUAAAGAAUAUAACAGCUUCGCGUAAUUCCACCUAUUACGAUUGUUGUGCCGAACCGUAUGUGAGUAACACCUACACGAUAACGGUCAUGAGACAGUCCCCAAUUUACAAGACAAUGGUGGUCACUCCUGCUACAUGUGUUAUAUUGAUGACGCUUGCGGCAUUCUGGCUUCCUCCUCAGUCGGGGGAGAAAAUUGUGUUGAAUGGAAUCAAUAUUAUUAUGAUUGGAGUAUUCAUGAUGUACUUCGGAUAUCAAUUACCUGUUAUGGCGCUUCACACGCCGUUAGUAGUGCUCUUCUACAGCAGCAGCCUCUACCUGGUGAGCAUCGCCAUGAUUGUAGCGGUCAUUGUAAACUACUGUGCAAACUCGAAACACAACAUUAAGGUUCCUUGGGCUGUUAAAAAUUUGCUCGACGGAUGGCUAGGUAGUAUCCUGGGACUAUGUCAUGUCAACUACUCAAAAGGACAGACUAGUCAACAACGUGAUGCUGAACUGCGAGAUCAACCAUUUGAAGACAACAGCACAGCCGAUGACCGACAAAUGAUAAGCAACCUAACGAAAUCAAGUAUUCAGCAUGACUGGCUCAUUCUUGCAACGGCCAUUGACCGAAUUUGCUUUUUGUCCUACUGCUUGGUAUUCAUCAUUCUCGCGGCAAUGUAUUCGGUUUGAAGCAAAGUAUUCUGGCUGAUACGAAGCUAUAACUAAGUAUAAGUCGGUGAUAAGUUUGUAUAAUUGUAGAUAAAAUGUUUAUAAUAUAUGUAUUUGUUAUAAAGUUUC